AUGUUGUCCACCGAUAACGGCAAUACAAAUUUGACGACACCCCCACCGCCGGGUGGGCAGGUUGAUUUAAACCCCGCCGUGGCGGCACUAUCUACCAUGCGGCUACCGAGUUUUUGGCGGCACGCGCCCGAGCAAUGCGUCAACAGCGUGGUCGCCACGUUAGACGAGAACGGAAUCAAUAUCGUCACAGACCUGCUAGGUCCAGACGCUAAGUACGACCUUGUCAAAAACCGACUUAUCGCGGCGUACGUCGUGCCCACCGCCACGCGGUUUCGCUCGAUGGUACAGCCCGGCGGUUUGGGUGACCAUCGCCCCUCGCAGUUACUGCGUGACAUGCGAAACGGAACCGCCGAUGGCAUCAGCGACAAAGCCCUUAAAGAAUUCUGGCUACAAAAACUGCCUCCCGCCAUCCGCGCAGUCCUCAUUUGUCUCGACGGUGAUUUGGAUUCGGUCGCCGACUUCGCCGACAGGAUUAUGGCCGCAACAACGGGUCACGACGUCGCCUCAGUCUCCACCUACAGCGACGUAGAUCGCUUUAGGGCUAUCGAAAAUUCUAUUUUAGCGCUUACCACGCAGAUCGCGGCAUUGACCACAGCACAAGCUAGACAACACCGGACGCCGCGUUCAGCCGCGCAGUCAACGUCGUAUCGAUCACGUUCACGCUCAAGAUCUCGUCCACGUAACAACAACUGGUGUUUCUACCACAACAAUUUCGGUUAG